UUCCGUUCACACUGUUUACAAGAGAAGAAGAAAAAUGGCGAAAUAUGACAGCAGCAAGCUAACUUGGUAAACAGAAAGCUAGCUGAGAAGAACAGGUCUUUAAAAGCUUGUUGGUGAACAAUGUACCAGUCAACAUGGGACAGACACUGUGCAUAUGCUCCCGUGGCUCCAUCACCAUUGAUAACAAAAAAUACUACUUUGUCCAGAAAUUAGACGAGGGUGGUUUUAGUUAUGUUGAUCUGGUAGAGGGGGUAAAGGAUGGUCACUUCUAUGCCCUGAAGAGGAUCCUGUGCCAUGACCGUGAAGGGCGUCAGGAGGCUCAGACAGAGGUGGAGAUGCAUCAAAUGUUUAAUCACCCCAAUAUCUUGAGCCUGGUAGCGCACACCUUUGUUGAACGUGGGGGCAAGAGUGAAGCCUGGUUACUUCUGCCUUACAUAAGAAAGGGCAGUCUGUGGUCUGUUCUGGAGAAGCUCAGAGACAAAGGGAGCUCAAUGCCUGAAAAACAGAUUUUACAAAUCUUGCGUGGCAUCUGCUCUGGACUAAAGACCAUUCAUGAGAAAGGCUAUGCACACAGAGAUCUGAAGCCUACGAAUGUGCUUCUGGAUGAGGAUGACAAGCCAGUGCUGAUGGACCUGGGCUCUAUGAACAGAGCCAGGAUUGAGGUUAGAGGCACCAGAGAAGCCAUGACCAUACAGGACUGGGCAGCCCAGCGAUGCACAAUUUCCUACAGGGCUCCAGAACUCUUCAAUGUAGAGAGCCACUGCAUUGUAGACGAGCGCACUGACAUCUGGUCACUUGGCUGUGUGCUUUACUGUAUGAUGAUGUUGGAGGGGCCUUAUGACCUGGUGUUUCAGAAGGGGGACAGUGUUGCCCUGGCUGUCCAGAAUCCUGUGUCCAUCCCACAGCCUUGCAGUUACUCUGAAGGUCUGCAGUUGCUGCUGAGCUCCAUAAUGGUGUCAAAUCCCCAGGAGAGACCAAACAUCAACUGGGUUCUUGACCAGGUACAGGACCUGCAGAGUCGCAGCCCCAACACCCAGACCAACAUGGUCUGAUCUUGCACGGUACACAAGAUGUCAGGUCUUGGAACAAGACCUUUGCACACUUAAAUGAAAGUCUCUUAUUUUUAACGUGAAAAUAUUUCUUUUAUUUAUUGACUUCUUGUGUAACAACUUAGGUAGGUACAGACUUUAAUUCAGCUUGGGGAGCUUGGCAACAAUUUCAGCUUUUAGUUUGGAUAAUCUGAUGUAGCCAGUGUAUCACAGUUGACUUGUAGGCUUACAAAAUGAUCAAAAAUGGCCUUAAAAGUAGUUUCACUCUGCAAUAUGAUGCUUUUGGCAAGGGUCAAAUGUUGCUUCUGAAAAUAAAGUGGCUUCACCUUGCAAUUUUAAAGGAAAAGUUUGACACAAAAUACUUAUUUGCUUUCUUGCCAAGGGUUAUGUGAGAUGAUAGAUCGAAACCACUCUCAUAUCUGUCAGCUGAUUAUAAAGCUACAGCCAACAGCUGGUUAGCUUAGCUAAACAAAGACUGGAAACGUGCGGAAACCGCUAAUCUGUCUUUGUCCCAAGGUAACAAAAUCUGCCUACCAGCUCUUCACAGCUCACCAAUUAUCACAUUAUAUCACCUUUGUUAAAUCCAUACAAAAACCAAAGUGUAAAAAUGGUAAACAGGUUUAUUAGAUUAAUGUAGUUUUUACACUGCAGUUUUUGUACGGAUUAAAACAAACAUGGUGAUUAGUGAACUUUAGAGGUGCUGGAAGGUGAAUUUGUCACCUUUGGUCAGAGCCAGGCUAGCUGUUUCUCUGUUUCCAGUCUUUAUGUUCAGCUAAGCUAACUGUCUGCUGGCUGUGGACUUAUAUUUAGCCUACCAACAUGAGAGUGGUAUCAAUCUUCUCAUCUAUCUCUUAAGAGAGCAAACAAGCCAAAUUCCCCAAAAUGUCAAACUAUUCCUUUAAAAAAUUAAUUGUCUUAUUAUUGUAGUUUGCAUUUUUUUUGCAAGAAAAGGGAUAACACAAAAGCUUUGCCAAACUUUCCGGUGGUUGAAAGCUACCUGAGUUCAAUACAUAUCAGACAUCAUUCCCUACCAAGAAGGAAUAUGAUCCAUUUCCUUUUUAUUUUAUUCUUGAUUCCUGAGUUUUGGCUGUGUAACAUCUUGUGGCCACACAUGUGUACUGUAAUCAUUAAUGUACAGCGUCGCCUUCAGCUUUUCUCCACACCUUCACUCAUGCUGUUUGUCUUUACUGGGGAAAGGUUGAGAGACAGUGCACUUCUCUCCUGCAAUGCUGCUUUUGAACACACAGAGGUGCUCCACCAUCACAGUCCACUUAUUAAUGUGAUCAUGGUUCUGUCUUGUACAGCUGAUAAUGUGUGAAUGGGCUCUUUGUAAAACACAGCAGAGUAUCCGCUUACACUAAAAGAAAAAUCUUCAUGGAAAAGGGGUCAGGUAUUACUGCUACACCUAAACAAUAAUAAAAUUAACUUUUAAUCAGUUUAAGGAAUUACUUAGAAUUACUUAGAAAUGUUUUUAUUAACUGAAAGUCAAAGUCAUCGUCAUAUCUACCACUGCAGUUUAACCUUUUUACUUCACUUUUCACUGUAUUUUUGUUUUUAAACGGUCUAGUAUUUUUCCAUUCCAGCCAUGCUUGUAUUUAAUCCUGGGUUUCCUGUCAUGUGUGAAUGUGGUACACACUUUUGUUCUCUCAGGGUUUACCCACAUCUCAAAGGGUCACGUGGUCUUUCCUAGUAGACCUAAAUGGUACCUUUUAAAACCAUUGUUAAAUGAAAUACUACUUUGGGCAUUUAAGUUAAGAACAAUGCUUUUGUGACUCUGUAAUGCUGUGAUAUUGGACCAUAUUAGAACUAAAACAAUUCCCUGUUAACCUGUGCAGUAAAUUCUUGAAAUGGUAAUUGACAUACAGUUAAAGUAUAUAAUCAUUUUAAUGCAACGUUUGGAUAUGUCAAAUGACGUUUUGUGUUUUUGUUCAUUGUAAAUUAAAUACUGGUGUCACGCUGGUAAACUAAGACAUUUUUUAAGUACUGGUGAAGUUAACAGAUAUCAGUAAGUAAGAGUGUGUCAUCUGAUUAUGGAAAAUUCUGUUUAAAGUAUGUUUAAUCCCUUAUUCACUGCACAGUAAAAGGAUAAGUAAAUAUAAAAUAUGUAGCACUCUGUACACAGUUUUUAAUACAAUUGUCUGUGAAAUAAAACUGCAUUUAAAGGUC